CCCUGUGUACUUGGUUUAGCCUGCUGCAAGAGUGUUUAUUCUGCGAGGGAAGAGAGUGCUGACUCCUGAAUAGUGGAAAGUAGUGUGGAUGAGGCAAAACAUCUCUCUUCCUCUCUCUCCCAGCCAAAGUUAGAGGUGACUUUGUUCCUGUACAACAGCUCAGACUCUCAUUUUCUGACUCCGGCUGCAUCAGGAGAGAUUCGGGAAAGAACCAGCAGGUUCUUAAGCAGGAAGGCGAAGACGAAGCUGCCCGAGCUGAGAGGUGAAAUUUGGGCAGGACGUGAGCAGACUUCAAUUUUGACAGCGUGUGAAAGAGAUACAGACGACAGGCAACAUGUGUGACUGUUUUCACCUGGCAUUUCCCAACUGGCAUGCAUCAGCCACUGGUGGUGGACACAGGCUGAAAGCUCCAGAGCAAGACACAGAGGAUGAUUUAGUAUGUGAGGAGCCUGAAGUUUUAGAGGGGGAAAGACCUCGACCUCAGGGUUCCUCUCCCGUCGAGGAGUUUCCUACCACAGAGAAAUACGUCAAACAGGGUGAGGUUGACUUCUACGACUCAACAACCAAGAGUUCCAAAAAAGGCAAAAAGAUUGGUUUCGGGUCACUUUUUGAUAAGCGUUCCUCAGCCAAGAUGAAUCAAACAGAGGACAUGCAAAAUGAUGGGUCAGAAAUGAUAGUGAAGUCAGUAAAGGGAGGCUGUGCUGAAGGACUGGUUGUAAGCGGAGGGGGAAAGAAUGGCAUUUUUAUCAAGGAAGUAAAACCAGAGUCACCAGCCUCAAAGCAUCUAAGUGUGAAAGAAGGUGAUCAGAUACUUAGUGCUACAGUAUUCUUUGAUAAUGUGUCAUAUGAAGAUGCACUCCAGAUUCUAGAGCAUUCACAACCAUACAGAGUGGAGUUUUGUCUGAAACGCAAACCAGUUCCAACAAGAACCCAAGAAGACGCUGAGACAAUGAGACCAGAUGUAGCCAUUGGUGAGGAGGCUAUCGGAGAUGAAGGUACAGGACCUGAGAUGAGAGGUCGAAGAAAGUCCAAAAAGCAGCAUGAUCGUAUCUCCUGGCCAAAAUUUCCCUCCCUUACCAAGGGACGCAGGGCGAAAUUCAAGAGAUCUCACAGCACAUCCGAAGCUGAAGAACAGAGAAAAUUAGAGAUAAGCCCAACGACAAGUGACACAGAGUCUCCUCUCAAGUCUCCAUUAAAAUCUCCAGAUGAAAAAGACAAGAAAAAGAUGAACAAAAUUAAGCUCAAGAAGAAGAUGACAGGUCGAAGGACCAAGUCCGUUGAAGAGACCUCAGAAAAUGAAGAGUUAAAAACAGACGAUAUUGAGGUUUUGGAAAACCACAAUAUUAUGAAUAUUGCUGAGGAGCACAGCUUUCGAGAGUCAGUGACUAAUUUGAUAGAGAUUUCUAAUACAUUGGAUGAAGUUGAUACGACUAUUAAAACAAGAAAUGAAUUUGCAUUCACAACAUUGCCAGUAACUGAGUCGCUCCAUAGAGCUGAGCUCAUCACCUUGAACAAUACUUUAAAGACUACUGAUAUUACAGUUGCUCUUGGGGAAGAAAGAAGAGAGAGAUCUGAAAUAAAGAUUAGCAUACAAGGAAAGGAUAAAUCUGAAAUAGAAACAGAAAGCCAAUUAAAAUCGUUCUCUAGUGGGAUUAGAACUUCUGAUCCAUCAAUAAUGAACAACAUUAUGACGAGUCCCAACAUAAUAUUGCAAGAAGAUGCUAUGGGGCAUCAAGUGGAUUCUGAUAUCAAGUUGAUCAAUCAAGAGAUUUUUGAGAAGACUCAAGGGCCAGAAGAAACAGACAUGAAGAUACCUAAAAUUGAGGUUUCCAAUGACGUGACAGAUAUAGAACUAACUAAAAGAUCCCCAAGGAUUGGUAGUGACAAGUUAAAGAAAGAAAUAAACAUUCUUGAAAAAGAAAGUUAUGGGAUUCGAGCCAGAGGGCCACUGGCAGACAUGGCCAUAUCAAGUCAUUUUGUACACAAGCCUGACAGACUGGAGUUUACAUCAUCAGACCCUUUCACUUUUGAGAUUAAAACAGGGCAGGAGAUGUCCUCAACUAUCAUUGACCCAAAGAAACCAAGAACUCCAACACCUGUUAUAUCCCAGCCAAAACCACAUGUUCAAGAUAUAAAAAUCUCAAAUUUGGAAACAGACACUGCUGAGUUGACACAAAAAGCUAAUAUUGAUGCCAUAAUAGGUGAUCUUGGUAAGAUAUCAGAGGCAAAGUUUAAAUUGCCCAAGGUGGAUCUCUCUGAAUUCGACCACCAAGAAUCAAUAGCUAUAAACCUGAAACGAGAUGACAUAGAGAUUCCUGGGAGGGAGAAAAAGAGAUCAAAAUCUGGUUUUAAGCCUCCAAAAAUUAUAGAACCUAAAAUCGAGAAGGUAAUAAAAAUCCAAACCUCCAAAACAGGUCAAGCCAAAGGUGAAGAGUUUAAUGUUGAUGAUGUUAAGAAAGCAGUAUCAAAAUUCCCUGCAUUUAAAUUACCUGAGAGAGACAUUACAGGGGUUCUUGUACAGAGAGAAAUCGCAUUCAUGGAAAUGAAGACUGGCUUGACACCUAAAGGAUCCCCUUGUAAAGUUUCAAGCAUGAGCACAGAAAUCAGUAUGCCUGAAAACACAAUCAAAGAAGUCAAACAGGAAUCUUCCUCUAUCGUUACAAAAGAAGAAAUCAUCAUAUUACCAAAAAUUGAAUUGCAUCUUCAUGAUGAAACCCUUAUAACUGAGAGCAAAAUGGACCAAUCAAAAACCAAGUCAAAAGCCCAACAAUCCAAGUAUGACAAGAUGUUGGCAAGGGAUGAUAAAAUAAGUACGUCCCCAGAUGUCAAAUUCAAACUUCCAAAGCGGGAAGACAUCGAAAUACCAGGAAUGGAAGCAAUUGAGCAAUCAGUUCAGCAGCAUAAAAUCAAAGUAGCCACAGAAACAGACACCCAAGAUGAGAUUGUAAAGGAUGGCACUGAUACAGAUGUAACUGAAAAGUCAAAUAUAAAGGCAGUCAGAGAAGGAGAUGAAAGUAAAUCAAAGAAAUCAAAGGUGUCCAUGCCGAGUUUCGGAAUAAUGAAACCUGACAUUCGUUUCCCAGAUAUUGGAAUAGAAUUACCAAAAAAGACCACCUCAUCUAAAAGUCAUGAAAUAAAGGAGGUAAAAAGGGCAGAAAAUAUGUCCCAUGAUGUAACUAAGCAAAAAAAUCAAUAUGCAAGUAUUGAGUUUAGCAAAGACCAAGAACCCAGAGACAUGAAGAUUGAGGCUGUAGAUGAUGCAUCAGAGGGGACUGGAUUAAGAUUGGCCAAAUUUGGUAUGUCAUCACCAAAACAGAAGAAAGAGGGAAGUGGUCUGGUCAAGGGUGAUGGAAAAACUGAGGUGGAGCCACAAGCAGAAAUAAAAGAACCAGAGUCUAAAAUGAAAAAGAGGAAAAUAUCAUUUCCCAAAUUUGGAUUCUCUAAAUCGGAAAUCAAAUUAUCUGAUGCUGAUAUAACUCUCCCAACAGAAGGCUCAUUACAAGAGGGAGAAGCUGAGGUAACAGAAAAAGAUGUUGAAAGUAAGACCACAGCGGUGGAGGCAGAGUUUCAGGAUUCAACAGAUUCUCCAACAAAAUUCAGACUCCCAGGAAUUAAACUUCCAAAAUUUGGGAUUUCGUUUUCCAGAGCAACUGAUGACAGGCAGAAUAUUCAAAUUGCUGAUGUCAGCACAGAGGAAACAACCAUGGAUUUUAAAUUACCAAAAGGAUCUGGUGACUUGACAGCACUGCCUGAUAUUAAAGGUCCAGAAAUUAUUCUCAUUGUCUCCGAACCUGAAGCUGAAUUGUCUCUGCAAGAGAAAAAGGAAGACACCACAGGUAUUAGCACUCCAAAGGCAGAUAUUGUUUAUUCAGGACAGGAAAAAGAAAUGAAAUUGUCUCCAGAAAUGUUAUUUUCUAAACCAGAGGUUAGUCUGACUGGCCAUGAAGUAAAUAGAGAAGUUGGAGUUGUUGAGUUGUCAAAACCAGACAUCAAAGCUUUCGAAGUUGAUGUGAGUGUAUCACAGAGAGAUUUCUCCAUGCCAGAAGGUAAAAUGGAUGAGAGUGUUGCUCUUUCCAGAGAUGAGGCUGAGCAAAAAGAUCUAACAAUCAAGUUUAAACUCCCCUCUAUCAACUUGCCAAAAUUUGGAGUUAAAACAUCCAAGGUGGCAAAAGAUUUGCCAAUGGUGGACAUAGAUGCUGAAGAACCUGAUGUAACACUGCCAGAAGCACAAAUAAUAAUGAAACUGAAAGAUGAUACACCACUGGAUGAUAUCAAGGAAUCGACAGAAGGAAUCCAUCUGACCACAGAAAGAAAUUAUGAAGGUCACAGUGUGGACAUGAAAAUUGAAAAUGUAAAGCCUAAAGAACAAGGGCCUACAUUUAAACUGGCAAAAUUUGGUAUUAGCUUUUCUGGAGUAACAGAUUCAGACAUUGAUAAUAGUAAUUUAACAAUAGAGGGUGACACUACUUUGGAAGCAGCAAACAACAAGGUACAGGUGUCAUAUGAAGAAGAAAAACCUGAGCAUGAUUCUAAAGGCUUAGAUAUAAAGAUAAAGACACCAAGCGUUUCACUUCCGAAACUUGGGUUUUCAAAAGCUGAUUUUAGUCUUCCAAAAACAGAUGCCUCCAAACCAGCAGAGAUCAAAGAUUAUGAUGAACCAGUUAAAGAGAAAAAAGAGUCCAGUGCUGAGUCUGAACAAGCUGAAAAGUUUUUGGAAGGAUCUCCAACCAAAUUUAAACUUCCCAAGAUUAAGUUUCCAAAAAUUGGUGUCUCCUUACCAAAGACAACAGCUGCUGACCAUGAUAAACGAACACCUGGAAUCCCAAAAGAAAUUAAAUUGCCAGAGGCUGAACUGUCUGGAGAUGUGCUAUCUGUUCCUAAAAUGGACACACACAUUACUCUCAGUCUAUCUAAACCUGAAGUUGAUGUCUCUAUAAAAGAAACAGAAAAGAUUGACAAUGCCCCUCAUGAAAUAAAGGCAUUAUCUCCAGAGUUUAAGGUGGGUCUUGUAGACCAUGGUCCUGGUCAAAAGCCAGCCAUUGCACAUUUAACAGAUGGUGUCAAUGUGCAGGCCCAGAUAAUUGAUACUGAAGUCAAAUAUCCUUCAGUUACAGAAAAUGCAGACAUACCAGAAGAUCCAGAAAAAGAGAGUGAGACCAAGUUAAAGAAACUAAAAAUAUCGUUUCCAAAAAUUGGAUUUUCCAAAUCUGAGACUAUGGUCCCAGAUGUAAACACAAGUGUCCAAAAAGAACCAAUUUCUAUACCAGAAACUGAGAUCAAAGACAUGGAGGUAACAUUUCCUGACCCAGAGCUUGAAGUACAGUUGAAAACUAAAAGUACCACUGGUUCUCCAUCCAAGUUCAAACUUCCAACAAUUUCACUCCCUAAAUUUAACAUUUCAAGCUCAAAAAUGGUGGAGGAAUCCAAUGCAAAGGCUGAUGAUGUAGAGAAGUCAAAAACAGAGGCAACAUCAGCAGCUGUUUCUGUCUCUAAAGACACAGAAACUCAAUAUACAGAACCAUCAAAAGUACAAUUUGAAAGCCUACCAGGGGAUGCAGAAAUUAAGACCAAAGAAAUGGAUCCUGAAAGUCAUGCGAGUAGAUUUAAGAUGACCAAGUUUGAAAUUUCAUUUCCAAAGCUAAAAAGAUCAGAAAGCAAAAAGGGGGCAUUAAAAACAGUUGAUACAGUAGAAAAACCUGAAGGUACACUAACACAUGACAUGGAAAUGGAAAGUCAGUCUGUUGAUGGAAAAAUAGAUGUUCCUGAGGACACUGAGGUGAGGAUGAAAAAGCCCAAAGUGCAAAAGUCGGAAUAUGCACUUUCUAAACAUGACAUUAAAGCUCCUCAGUUUGGUGUAAAGAGUGAUGGUGUGCCUAUGACAACAGAAGAAGUAGAUGUAAAUCAACCUGAGCAUGACAUAAAAAUGAAAACCACAGGAGGUUCACCCCUCAAAUUCAAACUUCCCACAUUCAAACUUCCCAAAUUUGGAAUCUCAUCUUCAAUGGUAAAACCUGAAGUUACAGAUCUGGGUGGGGAGGCACAACAUUUGGAGUCUGAAGUACUUACUUCAGUAGAAAAGUCAGAUGGAAAAAUUGACAUAACUGUGCCAAAUCAAGACUUGGGUUUUGAGCAACCAAAUGUAGAUACUGCUGACAUUUCUAUACUACAGAUGAAACCUGAGUUUGAAGAGGAAGUACCUGAUUCAAAAACUAUGAAGACAAAGAAAGCAGGUUUUUCACUUCCUAAACUAGGUUUUUCUAAACCAGACACCAAGGUCGCAGAGAUCGAUGUGAGUGUUGAACAAGUGGAUACUUCUAAACCAGAAGGUCAUGUAGAAGUGAAAGACCAAAUAAUAGAUAUUACAGUGUCAAAGGAUGACGUUGAACAAAAAGAUCAAAUAAUUGGUAGUGGCACAACAAAGUUUAAACUUCCAACAAUAAACAUGCCAAGGAUUGGAGGAAAAGCUGACAAAGAAGAGAAAGACAUGUCAGAUGAUGAUAUCACAGUUAAAGGACCUGACGCAAGCUGUCCAGAUACACAAAUAAAUAUAUCGAUCGAAACACCAUCUGUUGAUAUCAGGGAACCUCAUAUGGUCAGAGAGGGUCAAACUCUUACUGCAUACUUAAAUGUUGAAGAUACCGAAAUUGAAGGGGGUAAGAUCAAGAUGCCAAAGUUUGGUAUUGCCCUUCCCAAAACAAAAGGGCUUGAUUUAGGUACACCAAAGACAGAGGACAUAGCUGAAACAAAUAUCAUAGUAAAGGAAACACCCAAACUUGAUGUAAGUGUUCAAAAACCUGAUAUCUCCAUAUCAGAAGGUGGUGUUAAUACAACGGAAACAAACAUAGACAUUAUGGGGUCAAAGGUAGAGUCUGACCAAAAGGGCUCAACAAUUUUUGGAUCCCCUACAAAGUUCAAACUCCCUUCAUUUAGUUUCCCAAAAUUUGGAGUCAAAUCACAAAAAGCAGCAUUAGAUAUUAAAGUAAAGGAUUUAGAAAUAGAGGCCACAAACACAAAAAUUGAAAGUUUUCAACAAGAGGUAACAUUAGAAGUGCAUCCAUCCAAUAUUGACAUUCAAGAUGGUAACACUAAGAAGAUUGCAGACAUGCCUGCAGCUGACUCCAAAGGACUGGAAGCAAAAGUGAAGAGACCAAGCUUUUCAUUCCCCAAACUUGGGUUUUCAAAACCAAACAUUACAACUCCUGAACUUGAUGCCAGUGUACAAAAGAUUGAUGCAUCCAUACCUGAAAAAAAUCUGGAUUUACCUGAUCAAAUAGUAGAAAUGACACUUCCAGAGGUAAGGAAAGAGGAUGAACAGAAGGAUCUCACAGUUGCUGGUUCCCCAACCAAAUUUAAACUGCCAGCAUUUAACCUACCAAACUUUGGACUCAAAACUUCAAAAGGCACCGUAAAUUUAUCAUCAGAAUUGAGUGUUCCUGAACCAGAAAUCCAAGUGUCAGCCCAAAUACGAACAAUAGACACAGAUAUUCGAGCAAAAGAGAUUGAUGUGUCUGCCACAAUAAAUGAAACCAAUAUUCAUCUAGAAGAAGGGAGAAUAAUACCACCUUCAAUUGAUGCUGACAUGGAUGCUCAUGAUAUAUCCAUUAAGGGGAAAGCAGACAUACAUGUGGUCGACUCAAAAGACCUGGACAUGAAAGUGAAAAAACCCAGCUUUUCACUUCCAAAACUGGGUUUUUCAAAACCAGAUAUUGAAGGCCAAGAAACUGAUGUCAGUCUAUUAAAAACUGAAAUGUCUGUGGUAGAGGGCAACAUAACCGUUGAGGACCAAGGGACAGAUAUUAUCUUCACAGGUGAGUUGAACGAACAAGAGCCAAUAGGUGUUUCCCAGAUGAAAUUUAAGAUGCCCUUAAUAAGCCUUCCAAAGAUGGGAAUGAAAUAUCCAAAGGCAGGAGCUGAUAUUCCAACAGCAGAUCUUGAUAUCAAAGAACCAGAAAUCAGUUUUCCAGAAACAGGAGAGAUUGAAAUGAAAACAAGUAUGGACAUUGAAGGGUCCUCUGCUAAAGUGGAUGUUAAACCCAAAGAGACUGACAUUGAUGGGCUGGGAGGCAAAUUCAAGCUACCAAAAUUUGGAAUUGGCAUGCAGAAAGUAAAGGAGACAGAGAUGGAAGGUAAAGAAAAAGAGGUCCAACAGCCUAUUUGUGAAAUUAAGGAUGUAACAAUUGAGAAGAAAGUGGUGGAAAUGGAUUCUAAAGUGCUCGAGAUUAGUUUUCCCGAAAUUGGAUCAAAACAAGAGCUUAAGGCUCCUGAAGUUGACGUGAGUCUGCCAAAGGUUGACACAGGCAUAUCAAUGGAAAUUGCUGAUGUUUCACAUCAAUCUGCAGAUAUUACAUCUCCAACCAGAUUUAAACUUCCAACAUUUCAUUUCCCAAAAUUUGGAAUCAAAGCAUCAAAGGGCAAAGUAGAUAGUCCUACAACAAAUGUGGACAUUAAAGGGGCUAAAUUGAGCCUUCCUGAUGAGAACAUUAACAUAUCGGAUGAAGCACCAUCUGUAGACAUAAAUGACCCAACAACAAAUGCCGAGGAUAUAUCCAUUGUGUCUGAAGCAAAAACAGGAGACAUUGAGACAGACAUUAAGUCACCAGAGGGUGAAACUGACAUGACAAGAGCAAAAUUUGGCUCCCCAACAAAAUUCAAACUCCCAACAAUAAAACUACCCAAAUUUGGGAUUUCCAUUCCAAAGGUUACUGCCAGUACACCAAAGGCUGAUGUUGACAUACUGGAUACUAAAGUUAAUUCAGUUGAUAAAGAGGUAGAGACACCAAAGAUGGAUUCUUUAGAUGACAUUAAAGUCAAAACUGCUGUAAUUGAGACCAAAUCAUUUGAAACAAAUAUAGAAGCAAAAGGAACUCAAGAGGGGCAGGAAAGUAAAUUUAAACUUUCAAAAUUUGAGGUAAUGACAGGAGCACCUGAAACUGGGAUCACUGAACCUGAAAUUAAGAUCCCAGCAGAGGAUGUAAGUGUUCCAAGAGUAGAUACAGCUCUCCCAGAGGGAAGUGUCAGUAUUAUAAAACCAGAAGAGACAGAACUGAAAGUUGAAAAGGCUACUUCAGGUUCGCCAAGUAAAUUCAAAUUUCCUAGUUUUAAAAUGCCUAAAUUUGGAAUUUCAGCUCAUAAAUCUUCUGACAUAAAAGCUGAAGUGACAGAAGUAGAUGCACCAGAUAUUAAAACUGACCUAAAUGUUGAAGAUAAGCCUAUAUAUAUUUCUAAAGAUAUACACAUAGAGGGUGAAAUUAAAGAAACAACCGAACAGGCUCCAGAGGCUGUUGUCCAAAAAAAGGAUGGUAACAAAGGCUCGCCAAGCAAAUUCAAACUUCCUAGCAUUAAAAUGCCAAAGAUGAACAUUUCAAGAACAAAAUCUCAGGAUGAAGAUGAUGCAACCAUAAAAGCCAGUGCUCCAGAAAUGAAAGAAGAAGAUGAAAAGAUUAAAGUAGAUGAUUUGCAGGGGCCUGAUAAAUCACCCAAAUUUACAAUGCCAGCCAUUGGGGAUGUUUUCAAGGGUUUUGAAGUUGAAUUUAAUGUUCCAGCGCUAGAGGAAACAGAAGCAAAGAAGGAAAAACCAUCAGGAAAGAUAGAAUCAGAGUCUGGAGACAAAACUGAGGAAUCACCAGAACAUAAGAAUAAGGGAGCUCAAGACAAAUCGAGGUUUAAAUUCAAAUUUCCCAAAUUAGGAUUCAGCCAGUCCUCAGAUGACAGCGAUAAAUUAGCGGAUGCUAGGUUUGAAGAAAGUGAAAAGCAUGUCGAGCCUCCAGCAAACCAGAAAGAAGAGGGUGACAAAGAAGCAAAAACUGAGAAGGGAGGCUGGUUCAAAUUUUCCAAAUUUUCUUCUCCAACCAAAACCGCAAAAGUCACAGAGAAAGAAAUAAUUCAGCCAACUGAAGCAGCUGAGAGGAGUCAGAUAAAUGAUGAUGUUGAAGAAGAAUCAAAAAAGGAGCCUGAGAAGAGCCCCAUGAGUGAGAUUGAGGAGGAGAACAUUAGCCCGACAUUGUCACUGAGGUCAUCUGAAGCUUUUGCAGAUAUAAGUUCCACUUUAACCACUGAGCAUAUUGCCCCAUCACAGACCUUCCCUACAAGAGUGAAAGUGAAAUAUGCUGAACCCACUGCCACCGUUGGGGUCAAUGACACAAAGGUACAAAGUGAUGUCGUGACAUCCACAGCCAGAUGUGAACUGAUCUCGAUGGAGCCUCACCAACCAGAGAAAGUAAAUAUCCCAUUCUCAUCCGAUGCAUCCUCACCCUCAGGGGACACUUUCAAACAGAUGUCAGGCGAAAUUCAUGUCAUCACAUCCAACAUACAAGCUAUAUCAGACACACAGCAAGUUUCAAUCCUCACUAAUCUAGAAGCCCCUGGAAUUCACACGUCGCCUAUUGAAGUAACACAAAUAUCAGACUCAGUGUUGACAGUUGAGGAAACAAGAGUGCAAAGUAAAACGCAUACUUUGGUCGAAAGGCAUGUUGUGAAAGAGACAUUAGGAGACGGAAAGGAGACGAUACUUGUGACCCAUACAACACGUGUACUUGAAGGAGAUGCAGCAGAACCUAUUUCUGAUGAGACUUCUUCAUCCUUUCGUAGACUGAGAGACACUGUACACACUGAGAAAAUGAGGUUUUUUGACAGCGUAGCCACAACUGAAGAGGUCAGAGUAACAAGCUCGGAAAUAUCUAUAAGACACAUGGAUUCCUCAACCGAUGACAAUGGAGGAAAAUGAACAUGACACAUGGCUGUUAAUUAAAUUAGUUGAUUGUAUGCUUUUGAAUGUAUGUUUCAGUGUUCUCUUCUAUAACCAUAUACACAUAAGCCAGAUAAAUUGUAAUGCUAUCACGCAGCGCUGACAAUUAUUAAGAUACCACACAGAGUGUUGUUUAGCUUAUAGAAAUUUUAAGAUUUCAAAAAGUAUGUAAUAUGUUAUAUGCCUAAAUUUGAAUUUCAUGUGCGGUGCUCAGUGCACUUUGUACUUGUAAAACUAUUAUCAUGGGAAUACUGUUUACAUUGCAAACGUAAUAUUCAAGCAAACACCAUUUAAAUAGCUACAAAUAACUUACAAUUACUCUAUACAGCAGGCGUGGCUUUUAAAGAUAUCUUAAAGAUAGGCGUAUCUAUUUUGACAAAAAUAUUCGAUUGCAUAUUAAAUCAGUCACUGCAGCCUUGAAAACAAAAUGAAAAAGAAUUAUGUACAUAUAUUUUAUUCGGUUCUCUGCAUAUUUUAAAAUAUAAAUCAGUUUCUUAAUAAGCAAUAACUUUUAACAUACUGUAUGUAAUCAAAUGAAUCAUAUUAAUGUUGUAAAAGAAACUGAUCACUGCAAAAAGAAUAAAAAGCAAAAGUGAAACAAAUUAUGUUUUAUGGUCUGGCUUCGUAUGUGAACAUUUAAACAAAAUGUAAAAUACUGUCAGUUUGUUAACUUAAUUAUGCUAUAUUUUGUGGCAAUAGUGGUGAAGGACAGAUUUGAAUUUUACAUUUGAGUUUCAGAGAUAAUCUACCCGAUAAUUAAACUUUUUUAUUAUAAAUGGUGGCGUUAAUCUUUGUAAUGACAAGUGUAAUAUUUAUAUAUUUUUAAUAAUGACAUUCGUAUUUGUUCAAUUAACGCUACAAUUUAAAAGUUUAGGGUCACUUGACCAUAUGUUUUCACAAACCUUUUGAUCUGAUUGUACCAACAAUAAUAUUAGCAUAAUUAAUUUAAUUUAGCUACAAGAAAAGGCAGGUCAGUAAAAGCUCUGAACAGAUGGAAACUCAUUCAACACUUUCGUGAAGCUGUUUUAAAUGUUUCAUCCAAGGGAUAGUGAUCAGGACCAGUGGAUGAGGGUGAGCACACCCUGCUGGCUACAUUCGCACAUCUUCUAGCAACCUUUGUUUUCACAGAUGAUCUCCCAUCCAGCUACAGUGAGAAACCGAGGAACCUCCAGUACUGUGUUAUUCAACAUCUGAUUUGUGUGCGGGGUGCAGACUUUUAUUAAAACUGUUUCAUCAUUUA